AAUAAUAAUAAUAAUAAUAAUAGUAAUAAUAAUAAUAAUAUAUAUAUCUAAAUUUGAACAUAAGUUACACUUAGUAUGUCUUCAUCGAAGAAUUUAAUAAUUGUUACUGGUUUUGGACCGUUUAAAGGUCAUGAAGAGAUUAAUGCUAGCUGGCAAGCGGUACGUUUAUUACCUGACGAGUUAGUUCACAAUGGUGUUUAUUACCAAAUCGAAAAAUUGGAAAUAUCGGUGGAAUAUAAAAGUGUAGAUAAAGCUAUUGAAGAAAUUUGGUCGAAAUCUCCGUCUUUCGUUUUACAUUGCGGCGUUAAUGGAGGCGCAACGUGUGUUAAUGUGGAAAAACUUGCCUAUAAUAAUAAAUUUAAUAAAGCCGAUGGCAAAGGUCUUUAUUUGAGCUCCGCAACGGCUUGCCUUAAAAAUUGUGAUAUCAACACUACAACAAUAUGCUGUAAAUUGGAUGUUGAUAAAAUUGUUAAUGAUAUAGCACAAACAUGCAGUUGUUAUCCAACAUUGAAUAAUAGGAUUGCUGAAAUAUCUACAGAUGUUGGCAACUAUUUAUGUGGUUACAUUUAUUUAAAAUCUUUGGAUUACGAUUGUUCACGCUCGCUAUUUGUGCAUGUCCCACCAGUCGAUAAACCGUUCAGUUCAGAGAAAACCGCGGAAAUAUUGCUGAAAGUUAUUGAACAAUGUCUCUAUCAGUUAACUGAAUUUGAUAAGAAUGAUGAAGAGGAACUGGCCAGUCAAAUAAAUCAUUGAUAGAAUAUCUUAUUGAAUUGGAAAUAUUUUAAUAAAAUAUGUCAAAAAUAUUUUUUGGAUAUGUCAAUAAUUACACAUGCAUAUGUACACUAAUUAAAUUAAUCCAUUGUAAGCGAAACGAGUAGUGCGAUUAUUGUAAUAAAAAUUUUAC